AUGCGCUACUUGUUUCUCCUGGCUCCCCUCGUGGGUGCUGCUCUUGUGAGACCCAGAUCGCAACUGGAUGCUUGCCCUGGAUACAAGGCUUCCAACGUGAAGCAGCUGGGUCAGACCUUGACUGCUGAUCUUGAGCUUGCUGGGGAUGCCUGCAAUAUCUAUGGCACGGAUCUUCCCAGCUUGAAGCUCCUUGUAGAGGCACAAAAUGAAAACCGGCUCCAUGUCAUGAUCUAUGAUGCGGAUGAAGAGGUUUAUCAAGUCCCGGAAUCCGUCGUUCCCCGGCCCGAGAACGCCAAUGGUCGCCAGAAGAAGUCCGAGCUUGGCUUUGACUUCAAGGAGAAUCCCUUCUCAUUCCGAGUGCUGCGCGGUGAAGAAGUGCUCUUCGAUACUUCCGAUACCAACAUUGUCUUCCAGUCUCAGUAUCUGAACCUGCGCACUUGGCUUCCUAAUGAUCCUAACCUGUAUGGUUUGGGCGAACACACUGAUUCGCUGCGUUUACCAACGACUAACUACACUCGCACGAUCUGGAACCGGGAUGCUUAUUCCAUUCCUGAAAAGUCAAACCUCUACGGCGCUCAUCCUAUUUACAUUGACCACCGCGGAGAGAAAGGAACCCACGGAGUUUUCUUCUUGAACUCCAAUGGCAUGGACAUCAAGAUUGACAAGACUGAGGAUGGCAAGCAGUAUCUCGAGUAUAACACCCUCGGCGGAGUCUUGGACUUCUACUUCCUGGCUGGCCCGACCCCCAAGGAAGUCAGCGAGCAGUAUUCUGACGUUGUUGGUCUUCCUGCUAUGCAGAGCUACUGGACUUUCGGAUAUCAUAAUUGUCGGUAUGGCUACCAGGAUGCCUUCGACGUCGCCGAAGUAGUCUACAACUACAGCCGCGCAGGGAUCCCGCUUGAGACUAUGUGGACUGAUAUUGACUACAUGGGUGGUCGACGGGUCUUCACACUGGAUGCUGACCGAUUCCCGCUCAAGAAGAUGCAGGAGUUGGUUUUGUAUCUUCAUAAGCAUGACCAGCACUACAUCGUAAUGGUCGAUCCGGCUGUCAGUAACUCUGGUAGGUGUUCUAAUCUCUCGUUUUCUCUAAUCCUCUCUAACGGUAGCAUCACAACAGAUAACGGCGCCUUCAACCGGGGCUUUGAUGCCGGCGUGUUCCUCUACCGUGACAGUGACCAGAAUGAGCUCUACGAAGGCGCCGUCUGGCCAGGUGCCACCGUCUAUCCGGACUGGUUCAACCCAGACACGCAGAGCUACUGGAAUUCAGAAUUCAAGCGGUUCUUCAGCGCCAAAGACGGUGUCGACAUUGACGGUCUAUGGAUUGACAUGAAUGAAGCUGCUAAUUUCUGCCCGUACCCCUGCGACAACGCAGCAGAGUACGCCAAGCAGAAUAAUCUACCUCCUGCGCCUCCGCCCGUUCGAUCUCCUCCCCGCAAUAUUCCCGGUUUCCCGGCUGAUUUCCAGCCGGGGUCUUCCUCGCCUGACCAUUCUCCGCACCACGUAAAGAGAGGUGACGCCCCUGUUGGUGCACGUGGCGUUACCGAGAAACGGAAACAUGGUCACGCAGAAAAGGGGAAGAAAGUUGGCUUGUCUGGUCGAGAUCUCAUUAACCCGCCUUAUCAGAUUGCCAAUGCGGCGGGUUCGAUUAGCAACAAGACCAUUGAUACCGAUCUCAUCCAUGCUGGUGAGGGCUAUGCUGAAUACGAUACUCACAACCUCUAUGGCACAAUGAUGAGCUCGGCAUCCCGCGAAGCAAUGUUGAAGCGCCGACCCCAUGUCCGGCCCUUGAUCAUCACGCGCAGCACCUUCGCCGGAGCAGGCGCCCACGUCGGACACUGGCUCGGCGACAACGUCAGCCAAUGGGACAAAUAUCGCAUUUCCAUCGCGCAAAUGCUAGCCUUCGCCUCGAUCUUCCAGGUCCCCAUGGUCGGCAGCGACGUUUGCGGCUUCGGAGGCAACACGACCGAGGAGCUCUGCGCCCGUUGGGCGAUGCUGGGCGGUUUCUACCCGUUCUACCGGAACCACAACGAGUUGGGGGCCACGCCGCAGGAAUUCUAUCGCUGGGCAACUGUCACAAAGGCUGCGAAGAAGAUCAUCGACAUCAGAUACCGUCUGCUCGAUUAUCUCUAUACUUCUUUCCACCGCCAGACGGUGACCGGUACUCCGUUCCUCCAGCCGCUGUUCUAUGUCUAUCCAGAGGAUAGCGACACCUUCGGUAACGAGCUGCAAUUCUUCUACGGCGACUCCAUUCUCGUCUCGCCGGUCUUGGAGGAGGGGGCAACCUCUGUCGAUGCGUAUUUCCCAGAGGAUAUCUUCUACGAUUGGUUUACUGGUGCCGUUGUGCAGGGUGGCGGGUCUGUGAAGACGAUUAGUGAUCUCGCUGUCACUGAUAUCCCGAUUCACAUCCGUGGCGGCAGUAUCCUUCCUCUCCGGACGGAGAGUGCGAAGACAACGACAGAUCUGCGCAAGCGCGGCUUUGAAAUUCUCAUUGCGCCAAGGGCCGAUGGGUCGGCGGAGGGAGAGCUGUAUUUGGAUGAUGGCGAGUCACUCCGGCCGGACAGUGCGGCGCAGAUUCAGUUUAGCUUCCGGGACGGCAGGCUUAAGAUCCAGGGAGACUUUGGGUUCCACCCUAAUGUGGUGGUUGAGGCCGUUACGCUGCUUGGGCAGAAGCAUGAGGUCCGUCGAGAUGAUGCAUCUGAUCAGCGACAGAGUGUUACGAAGAAGGUCCAGAUUGAAUUGACUGAGCCUUCUGAGGUGACUCUGUAG